UCAGAGCUCCUUAAAGACCAGCGUGUGAUACAGACAAACCAAGGCAGAGGUGACGGCAGGACAUUACAAACCAGCAGCUCAGCUCUCAGUUUUUUCACAUCUUGACGAUGGUUCCAGAAUAGAAGGUUUCUGCUUCAGGGCUGAUGCUGUUCUGACCUUUGAAGCUUUGAAGAAGCGUAAACUUCAAGAGAGAAGAUUGCAGGAUGAGAACAGACUGCUAGCUGUGCAGGAAGAGGAAACAUGGCUGUCCAUAGUCCGGUUAAUGGAACCACGGCCAUCCCAUGGAGGGGCAGCAGGAAGAAACUGUCGCUGCUGGAGCAGCUGAGGAGAUGUCAGGAGGCCUGGAGUCCAGAGGAAGUGUGGGACAGAGAAAGAGCUCAUGCCGCCAUCUUUGGGACUCCUACUGGGAGUUUCCUGGUGGUGCGUGAAGCGCCCGAGUCCCGUCUGCUGUGCGUUUCUGCUGGAGCUGAAACAGAAGACCUUCUGUUCUACCAUAUCAGGUGCACAGACACAGCCUUCCAGGUCUUCGGGUCUCAACUGUCUUUCCCAGACUUGGCUCAGCUGGUGCUUUUCCACUCUAUGAGCAGAGAUGUUCUGGAUGUGUGUCUGUUCAUUCCUGGAUGGAUCUACAACCUAACCGACAGGAACAGAGAUCCUUCCUCUCAGCUUGACCCCAAAAUGUGGCUUUCCACACCUCCUGAACAUCAGUCCCAGAAAACGUCCAGCAUAGAGCCGAACAGCGUCAUGUGCUCCAUACAGCUGACGUCCACCAACGGGGCGCUGUGCAUCAUCAACCCUCUGUACCUCCAUGAGCACGGAGACGACUGGCUCACCCACAAAACUGUUCAACCUUCAACUUACAGACGGCCACGGCGCUUCAGCAGCACGCGGGUGUGGUCGGGGGCGGGAUUACAAAAUCAGCGGGCCAUCUCGUUGGAUCAGGAAUCCCUUGGUGGCGGCACGGAGACCUCAGCUCUAUCUCGAGCCAGGUCGGCCGACUCCUCUUUCGUCCCACAAGGUGAGGUGAUCCUCCGGAAGUCCAGCCGGGAUUUUGCCUACAGCACCGGGAACCUGUCCAGCUCCCCCACCCUUGGAAACACCACUCCAGAGCUCCAGCGACACAGCAGCCCCCUGCCUCAGUCUCCUCACAGGGUCUCCUGGAUCGAGGAUGGGAUUUGGCUGCCUCCUCCCAGGCCCUCCUCCUUGCUGCAGCCGCCAUCGUUGGAGCUGGACUCACUGUCAGUCAGCAGCAUCGAGGAAGAGGCGGAGUCUCCGCUGCCAAGCCCCACGCCCCACUCCACCUCUUCCCACCGUUUGGCUGAUAAAGUCAUGCACCGACUGUCAGCCGUGGGGCAGGUCCUGGGAGGGUUGAUGUGCCAGAAGAAAAGGCUGAUAUAUCGCGUCAAAGAGCUGAGCGAGAAGAAGAGCGGCGUGUUUGCAGACGCAGUGAAAGCAUUUGUGGACACGGCGCUGAAGGGAGGGACCAAUCCAAGUGGGGUGAUGGAGUUCUUACAGGAAGUGAGGUCAUCUCUCACCUCACUAAGGGAGACACUACUGGACUAUCCUGACAUCCAGGCUCAGCUGGACAGCAUUACUGAUGUCAAUGACUCUGAGAUUGACUCCUUCAUUGAACUGUCUCUUCACAAAGUGGCCCUCAAGCCCAUCUCUGCACACCUCUACAGCUGCAUCCUCAGCUUCCGGACCAACGACAACACUCUGGACUGUCUCCAGAGCAACCUGCGAGUGCUGGAGAAGAAGGGCAUUGAGGGUUUGGGGGGAUCUGCCGGAGUUGGGGUUCCUGAUUCUGUCAUUAUGGAGCGGAUCCAACAGAGGUGGAUGACUAUGCAUGAGGCCUACUCCCCAAACAAGAAAAUCCAGAUUCUCCUUAAAGUCUGCAAAAGCAUCUACCACAGCAUGAGUGCCAACGGCAGCACAGGAGCAGUGUUUGGAGCAGACGACUUCUUGCCCUGCUUGACGUGGGUGCUGCUCCGCAGUAAUUUGACCACCUUACAAGUAGACACCGACUACAUGAUGGAGCUGCUGGAUCCCACGCAGCUGCAGGGAGAGGGUGGAUACUACCUUACUACUCUGUACGCCUCCCUCUUCUACAUCAGCAGCUUCCAGCCCCGACUGGCUGCUCGCCAACUCAGCGUGGAGGCUCAAAAGUCCAUAAACCAAUGGCAUCGUAGGCGUACGCUGCACUGCGACCAAUCACGCCGCAGCAAGAACCGCCAGACCAUUCGGAGGCAAGUCGGCAAAAACGUUGAUACAGAAACUGAGAAAAAAGAGGAACGCGGCAGAGAAAGGGAUGAAGGUAAAAGUGAUAAAGCGCAGCAGCCGGUGGAGAGCAGCACAGAGGUCAUGCAGACGCUGUGGGAGAAGACGGAAAAGAAACCAGAAGUUAGUGACUCGGAGACAGACGCUGCAUCUCGGCCUCACCACGCUGCUCAGCAAGACGUUGAAGAACCGGGAGAUGCUGGAAGGGAAGAAGAUCUCUGUCCAGCAGAGCACAAGAAAAAUGAACAACCAACCUGAGAGUUUUCUGUCUUUAAGUUUGAUGUUUGUGUCACAGAUGGACCAGGUUCAUCCAAAUCGUACAGGAAAAGUUAUAAAAGUUUGACAGUGAGUCUCAGGCCUGAGAAAUUUAUGAGAACAAUUUUAGACAGAUUGAAUUAAAUUUACUUCAAAAGGUGAAAAUGCAUAUAAAUAAUUAUGCAGUAUUGUUUAAGAUGAAUAAACUUUAAAUGUCUGCAGA